AAUGAUAUAUUAGUUUUUCACCUUCAAAAUACUAGUUUUCUCCAAAGCUCCACUUUAAUUUUAGCAGCUUUAGUACUCCUGAUCAUCAUCAUAUUUGAGACCAAGAAUGGAGGAAAAUUUGAAAACUGCAGCUCAAAAUGGAGACAUCAACAUGAUUUACAAAUUACUUGCGGAGGAUCCAUAUGUUCUGGAUCGCAUCGAUGAUGUUCCAUAUAUUGAUACUCCUGUGCAUAUAGCAGCUUCUUUUGGUCAUGUUCAGUUUGCGAGGGACAUUAUGAGAUUGAAACCAUCAUUUGCUCGGAAACUAAACCAAGAUGGGUUUAGCCCCAUGCAUUUGGCCUUGCAGAAAGCUCAAACCAAGAUGGUUCUUGGAUUUCUAAACUAUGAAAGCGAUCUUGUUCGGGUUCAAGGGAGAGAGGGUAAAACUUCUCUUCAUUAUGUAGCUGAACAAGGAGAUGUUGAUCUCUUGACUGAAUUCUUAUCAGCUUGCCCUCAGAGUAUCCAAGAUGUGACCAUUCAAAAUGAGACUGCUUUGCAUAUUGCAGUGAAGAAUAGCCAUGUUGAUGCUCUUGAUUUCUUACUUGGAGGACUACGCCGAGCCUGCUAUCGAGGUUCUGGCAUCCAAGAGGGAAAAAUCAUAAACUGGAAGGACGAUGAAGGGAACACUGUGCUCCACAUUGCAACUGCUAUGAAUCAAUCUCAGGCAGUGAGAUUGUUAAUAAGUAGUAAUAUUGAAGUAAAUGUCAAGAACUCAAGGGGUUGCACUGCUCUGGAUAUCUCAGAUCCUAACAACGGACAAGUUAGAGAAAAUCUGCUCAACCCUGGAGCUUUAACUGCUCAAUUACGUCCCCAAGUUUCCAACAACUCCAGAGAUCGUCUGAGAUCAAAUCUGUCAUUCAGAGAAAGUACUGCAAUAUCUCUUUCUCGUUUCAAAAAUAAUACAAGUAAUGAUACACGCAAUGUGUUCCUAGUAGUUGCGGCGCUGAUUGUUGCGGCUACUUUCCAGGCUGGACUAACUCCCCCUGGAAGUUUUUUGCCGGACUUCAAUGACGACAAGAGCAAUAACACCAAUGCUCUGAACAUAACUCUUGUUAACACCACAAGUAGAAUAAAUACCACUGAAAUUAGGCUCAUUGAAAAUGAAGGCAGUUCAAAAGCACAUCAAAUACGGUCAGUAACUGCAUUCAUUAUAAGUAACUUACUCGUCCUGUUGAACGGCACAACUUUUUUUAUUACCAUAGGAGUUAUAUAUUUCCUUCUCCCUGAUGAGCAAACAAAAAGGCUGCUGUCCUUCCCUUUGUUUGCUUUGGCUGUGUGCUUUUCGUCUUUUUUUUUAUUUAGUUAUCCCAUCAUAGGAACCGCUGUACAUAUAUCAAUGCUACUGGUAGUUCGAUUUUUAAUCCUGAGAUGAUAAAGUGGCCUAAAAUCUUCAGCCGUUUUUGAGAAACAUGAAGACAGAUUCUGUGAGAGAUAGUUAAAAUGAUUAGUGAGUGCUAUUGUAUUAUAUGUUUUUCGGUCCCAAUGCAUGUACAAGGUAGGAACCACAGAAUGUUGUGCUGUGUAUUCCUAAUGAUGUGAUCAAAUGUUGUAUUCUAUGGAAUAUUUGGGAAUGGAAAUUUUAUUUAUUUGGUUGGUUUUGCUCAGUUAGUUUGAUUAGUGUAAUGGAAACAAAUUAGUUUGAUGACAAAUACAAGU